CAGAAACCUCCGAAAACAUCACACGAGAGCUCUUGUUCCACAGCUCUCUCUGCCAGCUUCACUCUCAACCUGACAACAUCCUUCACCAUGGCUGAGAACGUGGAGAUCGACUACACCCUUAACAACCCCGAUACCCUCACCAAGUACAAGGAGGCGGGAAAGAUCUCCCAGGCUGUCCUUGAGACUGUGACGGGAUGGUGCACUGAGGGCGCCAACAUUGUCGAGCUCUGCGAGCGUGGCGAUAAGCUUCUGGAGGAGAAGGUUGCUUCCGUCUACAAGGGCAAGAAGAUCCCCAAGGGCGUUGGACACCCCACGACCAUCUCGCCGGGCCCCUACGUCACGCCCUACACGCCGCUCAAGUCGGACGCCGAGGAGGCCGCGCGGACGCUCAAGGCCGGCGAUGUCAUCAAGAUCCAGCUCGGUGCCCAGAUCGAUGGCCUCGGCACGAUUGUCUGUGAUACCAUCAUCAUUCCCUCGCAUGAGCACAAGGACGACAUCAUUCCCAGCCGCCAGGCCGACUUGCUGCUCGCGACCCACUAUGCCAACGAGCUGCUUCUGAGGCUGAUGCUCCCUCCCGGCACCCUUGCUGCCGGCACCGACGAGGAGAAGGCGAAGGCGCAGGCGCAGAAGCCCUACACCCAGGCCCAGAUCACCCAGAUGCUCGAGAAGCUCGUCAAGAGCUACGACUGCAACCUGGUCGAGAGCACCACCUGCUGGAGCUUCGAGCGCAACGAGAUCGAGGGCAAGAAGAAGAUCAUCCUGGCUCCCGGCGACGGCGUCCGUGGCGACGGUCUUCCCGAGGUUGGCGAUGUCUGGGGCGUCGAGAUGGGUGUCUCUCUCGGCUCCGGCAAGGUCAAGAACUUCCCCGACCGCGCCACCCUCCACCGCCGUACCACCACCACCUACGGCCUUAAGCGUCCCAGCUCCAGGGCCACUCUCUCCGAGAUUGUCAAGAAGUUCGGUACCUUCCCCUUCUCCCUCCGCCAGCUCGAGGACGAGCGUGCUGCCAAGGUCGGUGUUGUCGAGUGCGUCCGUGGUGGUGUCGUGAGGCAGUACGAGGUCGUUGGUGAGAAGGACAACGAGCCUGUUGCUAGGCUGCUGACCACCCUUGCCAUCACCAAGAACGGCAUUCAGCGCCUUGCUGCGCCUACCUCGCCCGACGUCACUCAGUUCAAGACGGACAAGAAGAUUGAGGACGAGGAGAUUCUGAAGAUUCUUGAGCAGCCCGUUGCGAAGGCUGCUAGCUCGAAGCCCAAGAACAAGAAGAAGAAGAAGAAGGCUGCCAAGAAGGACUCGAAGGAGGAUGAGGGGGAGAGCGAGGCUGAGGAGUAAACGGAGGACUCGGCUUCCGCUCCUCGACCCUUCCAACCUGCGGGAACAGAAGCAACCGCCAAAGGGGACGAUGCAGGAGAGCGCAUUGUGAUUUUGGACAAUGCAUUGAAGAUUGGUGGCUGUUUGAGCCCGGGGACAGGUCAAGCCUGGUCCUUCGCCCGAGGCGCGGGGGAACGCACGUAGUAUUAGGUAUAGCAUGCGCGGCCUCUGGGCGGCAGCGAGAAUAGCAAAAGACGUGUUGAAUUG